GUUAUACUAAGGUUUUUUAUUCAAUUUCUCGUUAUGUCUAUCAAAAAUGUGCUUUCACUUCUUGCGGUUUUAUGCAUCAUUGUUUCUGUAAAUGCUCAAUUGCCACAGAUUCCUGGUCCGUUUCCUUUUCCAUUUCCGUUCCAACCGAUUCCUGGUAUGCCAGGAUUACUUGACAUAACAAAAUGUUUGUCAUCCGUGAUGGAUAUUCCCAGAUGCAUUACAGAAAUUUCUCAAUCUAUUUUCAUUGGAAAAUUCGGUAAUUUAGGUCCGGCUUGUUGCAAAGCAUUUUUGGAUGCUGAAGCCAAUUGUAUGCCCAAAAUUCCAUUCAUUCCGCUUUUUCCUCCAAUGCUAAAGGAACAAUGUUCAAGAAUUGCUGGUGCAACUCCUCCGACACCAAAAUAG